AUGUCCCUCCCCCCACCCGUAGCUCCUGCACCUAUACCUUCUUCAUCUGCAGGUGCAGAGAAUAUACAUGCCCAUACAAACAAUAUUGCACCUUCAGCCACUUCUGCCCCAUCCCCAGUUGAUGCACCCAACCCUAGUCCAUCACCUGUCAUUGCAUCAACACCUUCCCCAGGAGCUACAUUGCCUUCAGUAUCAUCAGUACCAUCACCACUACCUUUGGUCUCACCUACAUUACCCUCAAGUGGUGGUUGUAGCGGCGGCGUGGUCGACAGGCAUGGUGGUGGAUUUAAAAUUGUCAUCGAUUUGGAGCCAGCGCGCAAGAGGACCCCGCGCUGUCCAUCGCAGCUGCAGUCUCUCCCUGACGGUGAUGUUAAGCUUCUCUGUGACACUGUUGUUGAGAGUGUUAGGGAAUUGACAGGGUACGAUAGGGUUAUGGUUUAUAAGUUUCAUGAGGAUGAGCAUGGGGAGGUUGUUUCUGAGAGCAAGAGGCCUGAUUUAAAGCCUUACAUUGGUUUGCAUUAUCCCGCUACUGAUAUUCCUCAGGCUUCUAGGGUGGUGCAGGACGAGGCUCUUGUGCAGCCUCUCUGUUUGGUUGGGUCAACGCUCAGGGCCACCCAUGGUUGUCAUGCUCAGUACAUGGCUAACAUGGGGUCGAUUGCAUCUUUGGUCAUGGCUGUUAUUAUUAAUGGGAGUUCAAACUCAAGUUCUGAGGCCGAUUCGGAUUCUGAGUGUGUGGAAUUGAUAAAUUCAGGUUCAAGAUCAAAAUUUGACUUCAAUUCAUUUUCUGGAUUUUCCUCUUAUGUUUGUGAUGGGGAUGCAACCCCUAUGAGGCCAAGGCUUGGAGAUUUACCCGAGAGCUGUGUGGCAUUGUUGUUGAUGUAUUUGGACCCACCAGAUAUUUGCAUGCUUGCACGAUUGAGCAAGGCGUUUCGCGAUGCUUCGUUAGCUUAUUUCAUUUGGGAAUCAAAGUUGCCUUUGAAUUAUAAGUUCAUCGUGGACAAAGCUUUGAAGGAUGUUUCUGUACAAGACUCAGGGAAGAGGGAUAUUUAUGCUAGACUCUGCAGGCCUAAUUUGUUUGACAACGGGACCAAGGAAAUUUGGCUGGAUAAGAGGAUGGGUGGGAUGUGUAUGGCGAUUUCUUCCCAAGCGUUGAGGAUUACAGGGAUAGAUGAUACAUAA